CAACGCUAAACAUUGUUUCUUUUUAUUUAUUGCAUUUAUUCAAUUAGGGAUAAUUACAAAUACAUUUAUAUCUUCUAGUGUUAAAGCAGCGUCUGUCCUCUGGAGGCGUUUAAAGGAUAAGAAAAAUAAGAAAAUAAAAAUGUGCAAAACAGCAUGCUAUAAUCUGUGUAGCACAGAAACUACGAGCUUUAAAAGAACAAUGUCAUUUAUAGGAUCAGGAUGUGUUUGCUGUUCUGUAUGUGUAACUGUUUGACCUCUGACCUUUUCGCUUAUUUAAGGUCAGCUGACGUCAUGUGAUCCACUAACGGUUUAAGCUCCACAUUCACUCUCCUCCCUCUGAGGGAUUAGCGUCUCUAACGAGCGACAGGCUGAAGCCGUCACUCCUCUCAGAGACAAGAAAAGAGAAUUUCAUCUAAAAACAUAACCAUCUUCAGAUCAGGCUGACCUCUGACCUCUGGUCUGAACCUUCAGAUCAGAUUCUAAUUCAAUUAGUCAAAAUCCAAAUAAAUACCUAAACAUUCGCUGGUGUAUGUCAGUAAUAUUGUUAUGAAAAUAAUCACAUAACUGUUUCAGGAAACCGUCUCGGAUUUAUUCAGCAGAAAUUAAAUUAUUCAUGCAGCAAAAACAAUCUGAGCAAAUCUGAGAGAAAGUCUGAAUUCUUUGUGUUCUUGUCAUUAACAGGAUUUUCAAUAUCGUUUUUUUCCAGCAUUGUGUUUUUUUCUUGGUUAUGGAAAGAUAAAUAAAUUCUGAGAAAAACGUCAGAAUAAUUGUUUUCAUUCCUCUCCCAUGCAGCUCUGACUAUGAAUGAUAAAAAUGAUGAACUUAUUCAAAUAAAAAGUCCGGGAGAGAUUGCUGAUUAGAUUAGAUUUGAUUUCAAGGUCACUGCUCUUCUUCCCAACACUCAUCCUCCUCCGUGAUGGCAUCUCCACUAAAAGCUCUCGGACGUCAAAGCAAGCGGCGCUGGCUGCGUGCGCGUUCACGUCAAACGCCGUCUUCCCUCUGACGUCACCGCCUCCUGAUCAGCCGAAAUCCCUGAUAACGCGACGCGCGCUCCCGCUCGGCUCUGAAUGGGGGCUCGGUCCAGGCGGUGACAGCUCGUCCAGUCCGUCUGAUCCACGGUCCGCCGCUCCGACACCACCGGCCGUCCUCGGGCCCCGCUCCUCCGGUUCUGCACAGGUAUUCAGGAAUGAGAAAUGAUGGCCGGCUCUGCAGCAGAGGAGAAAACCUUCCGCCGGUUCCUGGAGCUGUUUGUCCGGGAGAUGAGGCUGCCUCUGCAGGAGGGCGACCCGGUGCCGAUGCGCCCCUUGUCGGACCUGGUGACGGAGGACGAGGUGGAGGGGGAAUGCCUGGACCUGUGCCUGCAGCACCUCUACAAAUAUAACUGCCCCUGCUCGCUGGCGGCCGCUCUGGCCCGCGCCACCGCAGACAGCCUGCUCCAGUCCGAUCUGCCCAUCCAGAACCUCAACAAGGCCGUAGAAGACGGCGCCGACCCGUUGCCACAGAUGGAGUCGGUGAAGAUGGCGCGGUUGGUUUUUAACAGACUGUUUGAGAUUUGCUGCCUGUGGCAGAAGGAGCUGCCGUUCCGCCGCCGCCCGCAGCCGUACUACGAAACGUCCAUCCACGCCAUCAAGAACAUGAGGCGCAAGAUGGAGGACAAGCACGUCAUCAUCCCCGACUUCAACACACUCUUCAACAUUCAGGAUCAAGAGGAACAGGCGUUCUUUGCUGUGUUUGACGGACACGGCGGCGUGGAUGCAGCUAUUUAUGCCGCCAACCACCUUCAUGUCAACCUGUUCCACCAGGAAUCCUUCAGCCAGGAUCCCAGCGACGCUCUGUGCCGCGCCUUCAAGCUGACGGACGAGCGCUUCGUGAAGAAAGCCUCACGAGAACACCUGCGCUGUGGAACCACCGGGGUGGUGACGUUCCUGCGAGGCCGGACGCUGCAUGUCGCCUGGCUGGGAGACUCCCAGGUGAUCCUGGUGCGGCGAGGGCAGGUGGUGGAGCUGAUGAAGCCACACAAACCAGACAGAGAGGACGAGAAGCAGAGGAUCGAGGCUUUGGGAGGAUGUGUGAUUUGGUUUGGCACAUGGAGAGUCAACGGGAGUCUGUCUGUAUCCAGAGCAAUAGGCGACUCUGAGCACAAGCCGUACAUCUGUGGGGACGCCGACCACGGCAUCUUCCCAUUGGAUGGCUCAGAGGACUACCUGAUCCUGGCCUGCGACGGGUUCUGGGACACGGUGAGUCCCGAGGAGGCGGUGCGUGUCGUCAGCGACCAUCUGCAGGAGAACGCUGGCGACACCACCAUGGUGGCCCACAAGCUGGUGGCCUCCGCCCGAGACGCAGGCUCCAGCGACAACAUAACUGUCAUAGUGGUGUUCCUGCGCGACCCACGCUCCCCGCCGCCCGCCAGCACGGAGGACGAAGAGGAGGGCGGGGCGGAGGAGCCGGUGGAGGAGGAGGAGGUCACCGAGGUGGAGGAGGAGGAGCAGGAAGAAGAGGAGGAAGAAGAUGAAGCAAUGAGAGUAGAGCGAGACGGAGGCGAGGGAGGCAGCGCCGCAGACGUGGGAGGAAAAAGCCGCGGCGGCUGGCCGCUGCAGCAGUGCUCGGCUCCAGCGGACCUCGCCUACGAAGACCGGACGGACUCAUUCACGGACAGAACCAGCCUCAGCUUGCUGGGGCCGUCGCUGGAGAGCCACAUCAGCCCCAGCAGCUACCGGGGAGCGCGCCCCCUGAGACGCAGGCCGCGCUUCCCGUUCCAGCAGCCCGGCGCCGCCGGCUUCACGGACCCACUGUGGCCCCAAACGGCCGCGCUUUUAGGCCAAGCGUCCAGGCGAAGCCGCGUCAGCCGCCGAUUGGGUCGGAGGUGGCCGAGCAGAUCCAAAGAGCUGCUGGGUCUGAUACCGUCGGGCCACACGCAGAGUUCCGCCCCCAGGAGGCCUGGAGUGGCAGUGCCUCACCGGCCCUAUGAUGCCACCAUCUGAAGGGAGGCGGCGCCCUCUGCUGACCCCAAGUGGCGUUUCUGAGUGACGCUGUCUCUCAAGAGCAAACUCUGAUUGGCCAGAUCCCACUGCAGAAAUGUGUCCAAAAUUAUCAUCAUUAUUAAAAAGUUGAGCAACAAAAUAAGAAGCUGAGGGUUCAACUUUUUCAGAAUAAGUUACAAUUUUUGAGUGAUGUAUUUAAAAUUGUUUUGUUUUGAACUAUUUUUCUUAGUGUCACAUUAUUUCAGGAACUAAAAGGGUUUUUGUUUUAAAGUAUCAACAUUCAUCCCUACCUACUUAUAAUCGCCUGAAAAAUGGCUCCUGUUUGCUACUAAAACAGAAGCUCUUAUUUUGAAAUGUAAGCAGACUUUCUCUGUUAAGAGAAGGCGCUAUCUAGACGCAACUAACGGCGCUAAUGCUAACACAAAAUGUCCGCCAUUACCACAUCAAAGUGCUUAAACUGUAACUAAUCCCAAAGUCUUUUCUGGGUUACAACAGCAAGCCUGUGUAACUAAGAAAAUAAAGGACAGUUUGAUGCCAAAGACGUCAGCUAGCAACAUUUAAAAAGAAAAUCUAGUGACAGAUGUUAAUUUGGUCCAAUCAGGUGUGGCUCUUGAGAAACGCAUUGCUUUGGAAACGCUGCUUCACCUGCAGAGACUCCCGUCUGUCUGAAGGUUCAGCCAAACCAAACCGUUUCCGUGGUUCUUCACUUCUCCCCUUUGCCUUCAACCACAUAUUUCUUUGAUAGUAAGUAGUUGUGGCUCCUGCAGUCAUUCUGUGAUAAUCAGUGGAUGUUAGAGGACCGCUACUCUGUCCGAAACGUUUCUCACUGUAAGCUGAACACUAAACCUGCUGCCGCUUUAGACCCAAACAUCCUCUCUGUGACUUCUGACCAGCCGGUAUGAAGCCAGAGCUCCAAAUGCUGGACAGUCGGAUGUUUUCACAGGUUGAAUGUGACGUAAAUGUUUUAAAAAAGCCACUGUAGUUCUACCUGCAUGUGGAGCAGAGCGGUUACUGCAGACAACACAAAUAAAGUCGGAGCUGUCUCACUUCAGGAAAAAGAAACAGAAAUUUCAAGUAAAUUGUGAAAUCAGUCUCCUGGACUCCAACACCUGAUAUUAGUUUAGUUAGAGUUUAGUUCUGUUUUGGGCUGUGAACGCCUCAAGUGAUUAGAAAUAUUAACUUCCAUUCAUUUAUUUCUGUGCCUCUGUAGAGAGAAGUUAUUUCCUGAACUUCUCUCUCACAGCAGCUCAUGUUAACUCAUUUUGUUUGGCAUUCAGUAAUGUAAUAAUUUAGUGUAUCUCACCACACUCGUACGUUUUUAAAGACUUGCAUAUUGUAACCAUGGCGACGACUUUUUCAUUGUAGACACUUUCACAAAAACACAACAAAUCCAGGAAGUAUUCGCAUCUCUACAUGUUGCAGGGAGAAACUUUCCUCGGUCCAAGAAAUCUUCCUCAUUUUAGCAAGAUGAAAAAACCCAAACCCUCAUUAAAACCAAAAUCUGUUCUCUUAAAUAAAGAAGGUUGUUGCAGUAAAACAGUGAAAAUCUCUUCAGAUUUUUACAUGUCGCCUGGAGGAAACAUGGUUAGUGUCUUUUUAACAAGUCGUAAUUGGUCAGAGGAGUGAAUUUUGAUGUUUUUUACGAUCAUGCAAACGUCAACAUCAGACGAAAUGAGUCUGGAUUCGCUUCUAGCCAGAAACACCCAACAGUAACAUUUUCUCUUUUGCAAAAUUUUAAAACUUUCCUCAAAAUUCGCUUGAUGAUCGAAUGACAACAUCCAAUCUGCACUUUGACCUGAAGCGUAAUGAACCCACUCCCAAAGCCAAGCCCCGCCCCUGGCCAGCAAAGUGGGCGGAGCCAAGAGACACGUGAGGGAGGGGCUGCGAUCAGAACGCAGCAAUAACUGGUGUCGACUCGUCCACUGUGUCGCUAAAUUGAUCCAUUUUUCAGACAACUGACUUUUUUCAAAACUAGCGAGUGAUAAAUCCAGCCUAACCUCAGUGUUGGAGGUUUUAUUGGCGACAGUCCUGAGCCAGCAGCGAGAGCCGCCAUUAGCCACAGUUAGCUGUCAUUAGCCACUGUUAGCUGUCAUUAGUUGCUGUUAGCCACAGUUAGUUGUCAUUAGCCACUGUUAGCUGUCAUUAGCUGCUGUUAGCCACAGUCAGCUGUCAUUAGCCGCAGUUAGCUGCCGUUGGCUCCUCCAUCUUCCUCAGCACUGCAGCCAGUCUGAGCUGUUCCACUCUGUCAAUAUUGCAAAUAAAUCACAGAUUUGUAAAGUUGUGUAUUGAUCAAUGGUCACCGGUCGCCAUGGCAACGCUAGCCACUCCAGAUCCUGACCCGUCCAGGGAGGAAGCGCUGUGCUUUUAUACAGGAAGUGAUGAAGUUUUACUAAUCUGCUGCAACCAAAAAAAAAUUCAACGUCACUGUUUGAGCCAAAUAAAUCCAGAUUAGAAGAAAACGUCAAAAUAAUCAAUUUGGACAAUUUAUCAAACAAAAAGUCGACUUGGGCGAGUUUCACUUUCUGCUCUCAUUAAACCAGAUGCACUUUAGCUCAACUCUGAGUACAAAAGUGUAUGAGUACUUAUGCACCUAUAAUGUUUAAUUUGUACAACAGAAUACUAGAAAAUAAAACUAUUAAAUUAGUAGAAUAAUGUCAGAGUAUUACGACUUUAUUCUGGUUUGAUUAUUCCCAAUCGUUCUCUUAUCACUCUUGUUUUACUGUCAAUUUAUCCUUGUAUUAUUUUGACUCUAUUCUCAUGAUUUUAUAGUUUAUUCCUGUAAGUUUGUCUUUUUUAUUUUUUAUUAGUAUGUCCCAAAUGCUUGGUAGGAAAAUGUCUUUAUAAAUGUCCGAAUAUAUAUAUUUUUCCUCUUUAUGGCCGAUUUUAGUUCCAUUUUUUCUUCAAAUAGGUUUUAGAAAAAGUUUCCAAGUUCAAAAACAUGGAGAAUACAAAGAGGUGUGAAUAACGUCUGCUGGCACUUUACAUUCUGAUUAAUAUUUUUCCUUCAUUGCCACUAACAGAUAUUGGACCAAAUCUUUCUGUCCACCCUGGAAAGAGAAAUAUUCUGUGAUUUUGCUCCUUUCUUAUGAAUACAGAGUGAAAAAUAUCCUGUUUCUGGGAGGUGGAUGCUAAAUGACGCUAAUGGCUGAUCCUGCUUCUCUCUGGAUGAUUUGCUUUCAUAUAAGGCUGCAGACGCUGUUCUGCCGCACCAUUCAGUCAGUGACCCAGCAAUUAUCCUACAACAAUUUGUCUACUCUUAAAAGCAUUAACUGUCGGAUUAUGAAAGAUUAGAUUUCACUUACCUGAAUAAAUGCCUCAUGCAGUCCAGAUGGGAUGUCCUCUGGGGUUAAUGGACUUUUAGGUGGAAGAAUAUUGAGAUAUAUGCAUAUAUUUUUAAUAGUCUAAUAGUUUUAACUAUUUGCUUUAACUAAAAACUCAGAUAUUCUUCAAAGGCUUGAUCAAAUUAAUAUUAGUAGGAAAGCGGCAGACUUUCCUCAAUCUGGAUUAUUUAUUGCAAGAUUAAUGAAUCUAAAAGAAAAGUGCUGGGAAGUUUGACAAAAGUUUAAUAACUAAAAGGGAAAUUUAAAACCACUGAUAAAUAUGAAAGUCCAACCUGCAGCUGUUUAGCUUAGCUCAGAUCGAAAACCCAUUUCUGUUGAAGCUAACAUCAAGCUUGUCCAUCAUACUGAAAUUCACAGAAAGGGAUUUUCUUCUAACUUUGUUAAACUUAAAGAUGUUGGUCAAUCAAGGAAUGAUGUAAAUAAAACCUGUAUGAGAGACAAAUGUAUGGGUCAGUAAAGUCUUGGAUUUAAACGCCUUGGAAAGCAGCAGCUGGAAAAAGUGCCCCGCCGGGACGUCCGGGUCCGGGACGUCCGGGUCCGGGACGGGACGCUGCAGCUCUUUCAUAUUUAGACCGUUUCUCAGUUUUCCAUCAGAUUGCACAAAACUUUAUGCAAAUGCUGAGAAAAUCAUUUGCGUAAUUUUUCAAAGAAUGAAACUGUAGCCACUUGUUGAGAUGUUUUAGUAACCAUAGUUCAUAAAGACAGGAGAAGAUAUGAGAAAAUCCAUGAGCUUUUAUCUGUAAAGUAUUUACAUGUUAAAUGUUGCAGUUUUUGGUAACAUUGCCAAUUUAUUUAGGCUUAAAGAGUUUAACAAGCUUUUCUAGUUUAGCAAACAACCAGAGCUGGCAGGACUGCUGUCUUCCAUCUGAUGUAACAAAAAGGAUUUAUUCUAAAUAAAAAAAGUUGAUCAUAUAUUGUUUAUAGCAAAAUGUAAACUAGCGCAUAUCUGAUUUUUCAGAACCACAAAUAAAAUAAAUCCCAGAUUGCUGCUAAUCAGGUAACGCUAGCAAAUAAAGAAAUGCUACUAAUGUAAUCGAUUUGUUUUAAAAACCUACGCUUUGGAAAUUAUUCAUACAUAAAUGUACCAAACACACUUUAUAUUACACAUAAAAUUAGUAAAUAUAUACUGUAUUAAUAACCCUAAAUCAGGCCGUCAUGAGAACAGAGUCUCACCGUUUUCUCUCUGAAACCAGUUCAGUUCUUUAUUGAGCUGAAGUUUCCAAAAAUGAGGUACAAAAAUAAUAUUUUAUUGGCACAUUUUAGGGAGGUUAAAGUCAAAAUAGGGAUAUUUUCUGUCGUAUUAUUACUGUUAUUCACUGUUUGAUUACAUUUAGACAAAGUAGAGUUUAUUUAUCUAUUUCCAUUUAGUUUGAAAGCCAAACCAAUAUUUAAAGGUUUAGACCUUUAAAACUAAUCUAAAUAAAUAGAAGCUCAUGUCAAACUGCAUCACCGUCAUUUCAAGUGGUUAAAGGGACCAAGCUGCCAACAAAUUAAUAUUUUAUUAUUCACAAAGUGGUUUUUUAAAAUACAUUCCUUCCACUUUUUUCCAAUCAUUUUGAGUUGAGAAGGAAAACAAGAUGAUUUUUUUUUGUUUUUCCUUUUAUUUACAUCUUCAGCAAAGUGGCUGUUUUCACAUGAACUGUUGACAUCAGAACUAGAAUUUCCCUUCAGUUGAUGCCAAAUGUUUUAUCACCAAAUCUGAGCCUUUGAGGCUUUACUGCUGGGAAGAACUGGGUUAGCAGUAAAGCCACUGGUUCCACUGGUUCCUCUGGUUCCUCUGGUUCCACUGGUUCCUCUGGUUCCACUGGUUCCUCUGGUUCCACUGGAGAAGUGUUGAGAAAGAAAAGUCAAAGCCAUUUGAUUCUCCUGUUGGAGCAACGUCACGUUAUUUGUCUAAAUGCCUGAAGAAUGCAGGCAAACUGAAAAAUUGUUCUUUAUUCUAUUCAUGUACGUAGAUGUGUGUGUUUAUUUUGAACGUGGAUCCAGAGGACGGUACACACCCAAAACUUUAUUAUAAAUUUCUUUUAAUCCUCAAGACUCAGCAGCUGUGACUUGAUCUGAAACGUUCAAUUUUAGCGCACAGAGAAACGGAGAUGAAGUUUUCGUUUUUAGCGUCGAUCUGUCGUAGCUUAGCCGCUUUCCCACCCAGAUAUAAACAUAUAUGUAAUAUGUAGUUUACCCAAAGCUCUUCAGUCAAAAUGUUUAUAUUCCCAGUUCAAAUGAAAGCAAGCAAGAUGUCGCCUCAGUUUAUUAGAACGUAACACAUUAGAAAAACAGGAACAUCAAGGACCUGCUGUGGAGUUUCAGUCUCAACUGUUGAACCACAAAUGAAAUAUUUUCAGCAGUUUUUAUCCAAUGUGAUUGCUUAAAACUAGUAAAUGUUUGAAUGACCCUGUACUUUAUGUCUUAUUGCAAAAGUCCAAACGAAAUCCAAUAAUAAUAUUAAACAGAAAUUAAUUAAAGUUUCUGGUUUCCAACUGCCUUGUUUUGGAGCACAGCACUUAAAAUCCAUAACUUUUACAUUUUUUAAACUUAUAGUAUGAAGGCAUUUAAAUUUCUGAGUUUUUAAAUUAAAAACCAAUAAAGAGAAUAAAUCUGUUUAAUUUGGUGUCAUAAUUAGGAAAUUUUAUUGUGGUCAUUUCCCACUGUGUAUCAGAUGCAUCAAAAAGGAAGAACAUGCAAACUUACAUUCAUCUAACAGAAUUCAAAUGUAAUCAAAUAAAAAUAUUUCUUCAGUGAUUCAAGUUCAAAAGUGAAAUCUAUAUUUUAUAUAACAUAUAUGACAGAGUGAUAUAUUUCAAGUUAUUAAAACUACAUUUCAUUGAGGACGUCCUUCAUGCAAAAGGAGCCCCAACCAAGUAUUGAGGACAUCAUUUACAGCAGGCCCACAUUUCUGAAAUAAUCCUUCAAUUUCUUUUAGAUAAUAUUCACAUAAAAAAAAAAAGGUUUUCAUCAACUGUAAGCUGUAAUCUUCAAAAUGAAAAGAAA